GCUUCAUUUCACCAUCACAAAGCAAGCAGCUUGAGUAGUCCUCUCAGAGUUCUACUCGUCUUCAUUCACAUACAAACUUCAAGAAGUAUUUGCACAUCGAAUGGCGAUUCCCGUGAUCGAUUUCUCGAAGCUCAGCGGUGAGGAGAGGGUCAAGACGAUGGCUCAGAUCGCCAAUGGCUGUGAAGAAUGGGGUUUCUUCCAGCUGGUGAACCAUGGGAUAUCAGAGGAGCUACUGGAGAGAGUGAAGAGAGUGUCUACCGAGUUUUACAAGUCGGAGAGAGAAGAGAACUUCAACAAGUCAACCCCUGUGAAGCUGUUGAGUGAGAGUGAUGGCGAAAAGGUAGAGAACGUGGACUGGGAGGAUGUUGUCACUCUCCUUGAUGACAAUGAAUGGCCUUCCAACACUCCCGGUUUCAAGGAAACCAUGGCAGAGUACCGCGCAGAAUUGGAGAAGCUCGCCGAGAAGGUCAUGGAAGUCAUGGACGAGAAUUUGGGCUUGCCAAAGGGCUAUAUCAAAAGAGCCUUCAACGGUGGCAACGAUGACAGUGGCGACGACAACAACAACAACACGGCCUUCUUCGGGACGAAAGUGAGCCACUACCCACCCUGCCCACAGCCCGAACGGAUCAAUGCCCUCCGAGCCCACACCGAUGCAGGCGGCGUGAUCCUACUCUUCCAGGACGACACCAUCGGGGGUCUCCAGAUACUCAAGGGAGGCGAGUGGGUCGAUGUGCAGCCACUCCCCAACGCCAUCGUCAUCAACACAGGGGACCAGAUCGAGGUCCUGAGCAACGGCAAGUACAAGAGUGUCUGGCACCGCGUCCUCGCCACCCCAGACGGCAACCGGCGCUCCAUCGCCUCAUUCUACAACCCAUCCCUCGCUGCCACCAUCGCCCCUGCGCCGCAGCUCGUGAAGCAAGCUCGCGCUUACCCCAAGUUUGUGUUCGGGGAUUACAUGUCCGUCUAUGCUGAGCAGAAGUUCCUCCCCAAAGAGCCUAGGUUCCAAGCUGUGAAGGCCAUGUAAUUAUCUCUGUCUUUUCUAGGGUUAUGCAACAACAAUGGCCUUUUCUUCUCUCAGUUGCUGCUUUUAUGGAGGAGAUGGGAAUGCAAGUGUGUGAGCUUUAGGUUUGUAAUGAUGUGUGACCACGAGAUGCCAUGAAAUGCACCCUGGUCUUUGUUUCAUGUUGUAAUAGAAUUUCCACUUGUCUACA